GCCGGCUCACAAUGGUCAUCAGUUGUUCAAACAGCCAUUUAAUCAGUAAUUUAUAUCACCAGAAGCCAGUAUUGUUGCUGUAUAUCUAUUUAUACCGCUAAUUUAUUGAUCUUCAUUGGUUUUACCAUUACCUGAUUAACCAUGAAGUUUAUUUUGGUUUUGGCAGUUUUGAUCGGUGCUUGCAGCGCAAAAGCACUGGAUAAAAGAGCAGCUGGUGACCAGAACCCGAAAGUUUUCUCUGCGUUGGACAAACUGCGAGGUGGAGCUAAUCGUCAGCUGAGUGUUGAUCAGAUUCAAGAGCUAUGGCUUAGUGUUAAACCUGGUCAAGAUUUCCCGUUGAUUGCUGAGAUUCCCAAAGGAAAUGUUGACUGCGCGCAGUUUAAGCAACCCGGUUUCUAUGCGGAUGUGGAUGCCGGUCAAUGCCAGGUGUUCCACCGAUGUGACGUUAAUGGAAACCUCACCAGUUAUCUCUGCCCCAACAUGACGUUAUUCAAUCAAAUCACUUUGAUUUGCGACUGGUGGUUCAACAUUGACUGCAGCCAGGCCAAGCAGUUCUAUGACUACUCCAACAGCCGUCUCUACCAGGAAAACCUUGUUCUCUUGGACGACGAACCAGAAUACGUAAUGCAAGCGAAAGGCGCCGUUCAGACAUCAGGCGAAGCUGCUCCAGCGGAAGCCAAACCUAAGAAGAACAAAGGCAAGGCCAAAGCCAAGGCGGCCGCGGCUGAGUAAAAGGUCACUUGGGAACAUUACCGGCAAAUCCAAAGCACAAAAUGUUUACCAUGGUACUGCGAUGGAAACGUCAAAGAGAACAAUAAACAGCAAUCCUGGAUUGAGCUGUUCCAUGUACGCAACACCGACGGUUUUGCCCAGGUAUCUCAGCAGUAUUUCCUGUAUGAUGUACUGAAUGUUUACAAUGGUGAUUGUACGUUUCCUGGCUUUGUUUUCUUAUUUAAACUAACCUUUCCUGUUAACUGCUUUUCCUAUCAAAGCUGGUCUGCUAGUCUUUUUCGUCUCUGCUUCAGCCAACUUCUAAGAAAGUCAGAAAAAUAAAACUUUAAAAUCG